UCGGCCGGGCGCAGGAGCAGCCGGCUCGGCCGCCCGCGCGGUGUAGGGGGCAGGCGCGGAUCCCGCCACCGCCGCGCGCUCGGGCCGCCGCUCCCGCCUCCCGCCUCCCGCCGCCGCCGACGCCGCCGCCGCCGCCGCCGCGGACAGGGCUCGGGCCCGAGACCGGCCCCGCGUGCCGAGCCCGCCAUGCCGAGGGAGCGGAGGGAGAGGGAUGCGCAGCACCAGGACCGGGACACCAUGAAGGACGACGCUGGCACCGACGUGUCUGUGCGCUCCAGGAAGAGGAAGGCAAACGUGGCCGUUUUUUUGCAGGAUCCGGAUGAAGAAGUUGCGAAGAUUGACAGGACUGCGAGGGGCCAGGGCGGCGCGCAGCCUUGGGACGAUAAUCCCGCAUGUGAAAACCCCUGCUCCUUGAUUCCCACACCUGACAAAGAAGAGGAUGAGCCAGCAUACCCAGGUUCCGUGUGUGGACCGCAGAGCUUCAUGCCCUCCAGAGCCUCGCCGCUGCCUCUACUGAACUGGGCAAAUAGAGACGAGGUCUGGAAAAUUAUGCUAAAUAAGGAAAAGACAUACUUACGGGAUAAGCACUUUAUGCAGCGGCACCCCCUCCUGCAGCCCAAGAUGCGAGCGAUUCUUCUGGAUUGGUUGAUGGAGGUGUGCGAAGUCUAUAAACUUCACAGAGAGACAUUUUACUUGGCACAGGAUUUCUUUGAUCGGUAUAUGGCAACGCAACAGAAUAUUGUAAAAACGCUUUUACAGCUUAUUGGGAUUUCAUCUUUAUUUAUUGCUGCCAAACUUGAGGAAAUCUAUCCUCCAAAGCUGCACCAGUUUGCUUAUGUUACAGAUGGGGCAUGUUCAGGAGAGGAGAUUCUUAGCAUGGAAUUAAUCAUUAUGAAGGCUCUUAAGUGGCACUUAAGUCCCCUGACCAUUGUAUCCUGGCUGAAUGUAUAUAUGCAGGUUGCAUAUCUAAAUGACUUAUAUGAAGUGCUCCUGCCACAGUAUCCCCAGCAAAUCUUCAUACAGAUCGCAGAGCUUUUGGAUCUUUGUGUCCUGGAUGUUGGCUGCUUAGAAUUUCCCUACGGUGUGCUUGCUGCUUCUGCCUUGUAUCAUUUCUCUUCGUCUGAAUUGAUGCAAAAGGUUUCAGGGUAUCAGUGGUGUGAUAUAGAGAAGUGUGUCAAGUGGAUGGUGCCGUUUGCCAUGGUCAUUAGGGAGACGGGAAGUUCAAAACUGAAGCACUUCAGGGGAGUUCCCGCUGAAGACGCACACAACAUCCAGACCCAUAUAAACAGCUUGGAUUUGCUGGACAAAGCCCAAGCAAAGAAAGCCAUAUUGUCUGAACAGAAUCGGAUUUCUCCUCCCCCCACCGGGGUCCUCACUCCCCCGCAGAGCAGCAAGAAGCAGAGUGGUGGGCAGGACACGGCGUGAGCACACCAGCACUCUCCACCAAAGACCGUUGGGCGGGCGCGCCGCUCCGAGUCCUCUGCCGCGCCGUGGCCGAGGCGCGCGUUAGCUUUUACGCUUAUUUAAGUGGAAGAGCGCGUCUCUUCUGCAACCGAAGUGUUUCCGUGGAUGGCAUUGGACAGGGAGAAGUGUUUUUUAUUGAAUGCUUAGGUUUUUUUAAAUAAGUGGGUCGAGUACACCAGCCACCUCCAGAACACCAGUGAGUGCUCCAGAUGCUGCUAAGGAGGGUGAUACUUGACUUGAUUGACUAUUCACGCAGAUAACAAAGGCUUGAAGCUGCAGAGCGCCGUGUUGCGCUUGGUCUCCCCUUGCGUGUGCUGGGUUGUGUGCUGUUGAGCGGGGCUGGUGGUUGUGAGCGUUGUGAUGUGGAAGCCCACACCCAGCGGUGCUGGGGGCCUGCCCUUUUCACACUAUCCGUUGACAAUGUAUAAUGCCUUUGAUGAACUGUUGUUUUGUAAGUGCUGCUAUGUCUAUCCGUUUUUUAAUAAAGAUAACACUGUCUUUGA